CCUGAAUUUGCUCUACAGCUCAGUGUACUCCAAACCAGCCACUAUGUCUUAUGUGGAGACUUUGCGCCAGUGGGACAAGGCUGUAACUUGCGUUGACAGACAGGAUUUGACAGAGGCGCUCAGGAUUUUCCUGGCUAUCCAGGAGCCAAACUCCAAAAUUUAUUUUGACAUUGGCUGUCUCCAUCUUCUUAACCAAGACCUGGAUGCUGCUGAAAAGGCAUUUGAUUGCAGCAUAGGCAAGGAUGAACAUUUGGCUGUUGCCUUCUUUCAAAGAGGAACGACGUUUUACAGAAAGAAGAGGUAUGAGGAGAGUUUAGCUGAUUUCCAGCAAGCCUUCAAAGCACUAAGAAGCAACCAACUGAUAGAUUACAAAGCACUUGGCCUCAGAUACAAAUUAUAUGCAUGUGAGGUUCUCCUCAAUAUGGCUCUGUCUGAGGCCCAGCUGGGUAACUGGGAAAAAGCCCACGACAACCUUGUGAAGGCUCUCAACUACAAGACAGAUGCCAAGCUCAAUAUCAUCGACAGAGCUCUGGACUCCGCCCUGAAGCAGAAACUUUUCAAGCCAGUCGAGUUCCCAUCAAAAGUGCUAUUUAAACCGAAUAAGCACUAUGUUGCUGAGCUGGAGAAGAAGGACUACCUGGGCAAAGCAAAGGUUGUUGCCUCGGUCGUUCCUCAGGAUGCCUUCUCUGGAUUUGCUCCCUUACAGCCACAGGUUGAAGAUGGUCCAACUCGUCCAAAAGAACCUGAGGUGUUGAGGGCUUUAGAAGGAGAACCCCACACUGUCCUGUUCAAGUUUGUUCCUGAGACCAGUGAUGAGUUGGCUGUAGUGCCGGGCAAUAUUGUGUUUGUACUGCAGAAGGGUGCCGACAACUGGGCAUCUGUGAUCUUCAACGAAAGAAGGGGACUUGUUCCUUCCAAUUACCUGGAACGGUUGGAGAUGUCCUUGGCUUCCAAACAGAAUGAGGGACAGGGAACAUCUCAGCCUCCAAGUCGAGAACCACCCACCAUACCUGAGAGGAAACCAGGUCUGACUCGUGGUCAAAGCAGUGAAGACACACAAAAGGAUGAACAGUCUACCGACAACUUGUGUAUUGUCAAAGUCUGUUUCACAUUCAACUUUGCUGUCUCAGUACCACCUGGGUCUCCCUACGCAGUACUGAUUGAGAAAAUCAGCAACAAACUGAAUCUCCCAUCUACUACAAUCACUUUGAGUUUAACCUCCGAGUUAACGGAACAAAGUGUAAUCACCCCCAGCACAGAUAUGGAAAGUGUGUGGCGUCGUGCCAGAGGUCUGCGCAUCACCUUGUGGUGUUACGCCAAAGAGCAAACUGAUGGAAAUCCACAGAGCGAGGUUUCCUUGGUGGCACUUCAUUCCUAUGAGUCGCCAAACCCGGAGGAUCUCAACUUUCAUCAAGGCGAUACAAUCACAUUACUCUCCAGAGUUAACCAGGACUGGUUGGAAGGGCAAUGUAAUGGGAACACUGGUAUAUUUCCUGCAUCCUUUGUGGAAGAAGUUCCUGUCAAGGGCCAGUCAUUAAUAUAAAUACAUGCAAACGGAUACUAGAGCUGGUAAUACAGUGGCUAAAUUAGUGGCUAAAGCUGAAAAGUGGUCAGGAACCCCCGACCAAAACCAUUUCAUAACCAACUACAUUUGAAUAAUCGGGGUCCACAUAUUGUUCAUUAAUGCAACUUUUGAACACUUUCAUUAAAUUAAAUCCCUUUUUCACAAUGAAUACAUUUGGACAAGUGUGAAAUGUUGCAAUCAUAGGUUUCAUUCUGUGAUUCAGAAAGUAAUGAGAUGAAAAAUAGUGAUAUCUGAUAUUGGUUUUAUGAAAACUUAUUACUUACAGCUUUCAGCUUCCUAAUUAAAAAAAACAAUCCACAUUUAAUAUCUGCAGGCAUGAUUAAAUAAUCUUAGAGUCCUCGUGUGCGUCACGGAGACGUUCCUUCCUCUUCAUAGGCAAUAGCUAUUCCUCUCCUGCCCUCUACUGCCUUCACCACAGGUGUCUCUCCCAACUUCUCCUCUAAGCCACGCCAGCUUCGUUCUGCCAGAAAAGACGCUGAAAAGAGAAAGCAAAAUGUGUUUGCUUGAUUGAACAAUCAUUGUAUGUGUGCAGAACUCUACAAUAAACUCAAAGAGUGUCUUA